CUUUUCUUUCUCUGAUUGAGAAUGGCCAAAGAGCUUCUUCUGCAACUUCGUCUGCUUCUUCUUCUUCCCGAACAACGGUGUCGUUUUGCAGUUCCUCUGCCAAUGUUCCGCUUCGCAUUCUCCGCUUUCUAGCUCCUCUUCCCUCACCAUUGUCGAUCCGUUCAACAUCUUGCUUCUUACAUCCACCGACUCACUCAACUCAGGGGAGGGAGUUCUCUUACUAAUUUGAUGACAUGGAGCAGUAUGAAAUACUAGAACAAAUUGGAAAAGGUGCUUUUGGUUCUGCGCUUCUUGUGAGACAUAAGCAUGAAAAGAAAAAAUAUGUCUUGAAGAAGAUUCGCCUUGCCCGCCAAACGGAGCGUUCUCGCAGAUCUGCCCACCUGGAGAUGGAGCUCAUUUCUAAGUUACGAAACCCAUUCAUUGUGGAGUACAAAGAUUCAUGGGUAGAAAAGGGUUGCUAUGUCUGCAUUAUUAUAGGUUACUGUGAGGGUGGAGAUAUGGCAGAAGCUAUAAAGAAAGCUAAUGGUGUCCUGUUUCCUGAAGAGAAACUUUGUAAGUGGCUUGUUCAACUUCUUAUGGCUCUUGAGUACUUGCACAUGAACCACAUUCUUCACCGUGAUGUCAAGUGUUCAAAUAUCUUCUUGACAAAAGAUCAUGACAUACGUCUGGGUGAUUUUGGACUUGCGAAAAUGUUGACUUCUGAUGAUCUUGCUUCCUCUGUUGUGGGAACUCCUAGCUACAUGUGCCCUGAGCUCCUUGCUGAUAUACCUUAUGGUUCUAAAUCAGAUAUUUGGUCCUUGGGAUGUUGUAUAUAUGAAAUGACAGCACAUAAGCCUGCAUUCAAAGCAUUCGAUAUACAGGCAUUGAUUAACAAGAUUAACAAGUCCAUAGUGGCACCACUCCCAACUAAAUAUUCUAGUUCAUUUCGAGGUCUUGUUAAAAGUAUGCUGCGGAAAAAUCCAGAGCUUAGGCCCAGUGCUUCAGAACUGCUUGGGCACAGACAUCUUCAACCUUAUGUGCUGAAGGUCCAUCUCAAAAUCAACAGUCCCAGGCGAAGUACUAUGCCAGUUCAUUGGCCAGAGUCCAACUACGUGAAGAAAACUAGGUUUUUGUUGCCAGACGAUGAUCCCAUUUCCAUCUAUAGGGAUAAGCGUCAUUCUUUCAGCAAUGAUCGGACUCUAAAUCCUAGUGUAUCUGGAGCUGAUCAAGAUUCUGUAUGCUCUACCCUAGAAAUAGAUUGUACUCCUGACCAAUUUAAUCAAAGGUUAGCCGAACUUGGAAUCAGAGAUAGCCAUGAAGUGAAGUCAACCCAGAAGCCUGUUGGUUCCAGAAAUUCUAGUAUCACUAAGACUCCAAGAUUCACUUCCUCGAAAGUCUCUACCAACAAAAAGAAAUCUAUGGAAUCCCCUAAGAAUCGUAAGGUGCUUGCUCUUCCACAGAACACCACAAAAUCUGCUCAUACAAAUCGCAGAGCAUCAUUUCCGCUGCCAACAAGUGGUGGUAUUCAACAGCCUCCUUGCUGGAAUAAUGUCAGUUUGCUUAGCCAUGUGUCUUCACCGGAUAUCUCAGUCAAUUCUCCACGAAUUGAUAAGAUGGCUGAAUUCCCACUAACUGUAUAUGAAGAUUCUUUGUUCCCUAUCAGUAGAACAUCACCCUCUGCGCAAGGUUCCUCAGGCUUUCCAUCUCGUGGCAAUCAUUCGACUGUGGUAGACAAAUGCACCGUCGAGGAAUAUGAUACAACCUCUAAUAGGCCUAGUUGUAUGGAUACUUGGCAGGGAAUCAAACAGAGCAUGCUAAAGGAAAAUGAUGAGGAUAAAAGUGGUUCCUCUGAUCAAAAUGCAACAGCAGGUGCUUCGAGCCGCACUUCUUCAGACUUGCGCCGACACCAAUUUGACACUUCAUCAUACCAACAAAGGGCUGAAGCCUUAGAAGGGUUGCUUGAAUUUAGUGCAAGAUUGCUACAGCAGGCGAGGUAUGAUGAACUUGGGGUACUGUUGAAACCAUUUGGUCCUGGAAAAGUUUCUCCAAGAGAAACUGCUAUAUGGUUAAGCAAGAGCUUCAAGGAGAACACUUUCAACCCAGACGAAUCUCUGUAAACUGCUGUAAUGUUAACUGUAGUCAUACUUUUAUAGUUCAGUGUUUUUCCUUACACGACAGUUUAGCUAGCUGAUUUUUGUAGGUUAUCACAUUUUUUUCAUUUACCCUUUUCUGUUCACUUCA